AUGAUUCGAAAAGCUAUCAACGUCUGGUCACAUUUCGUACCGUUUGUAUGUUUGGUUUCCUUCUAUGUCAUUCCGGAACUUUUGUCCUCUACACCACGACUUCCGAAUCUGGUGCUUUACACUGGUGUUGCGAUGUUGUUGCUUGCAUCCAGUCUAGCACACCUAUUGCACUCGCGAUCUUUGCAAGACCAUGUCUUUUGGUUCCUUGUCGAUUUUUCCGGUAUCUCCCUGUUUGGUUGUACCAUCGGUCUACAGCGGUUCAGCUGUGCUUUGGAUAUGUCUCUACUAGGCCAGUUGGCUUUUCUGCUGUCGCUAAUGCUGGUAGGACUCGUGGUACAGUUCUUCACCAACUGCUAUAUGUUAGUUAGUCAACCGACAUGGAGAUGGCGACUUGGAUUCAGAAUGGCCACUAGUCUGUUGCUUGCCAUCUGGGUAUACGUACCGCUUAUUCAUCGGUAUUUGAAUGAAAACUCGUCUAAUGAUAGCUCACUCAUCCUUCACACAAAAGCCUUCAGUUGGCUGUUGAUGAGCGGAGUUUUUAUGGGAGCUGAGGUACCUGAACGAUUUGCACCCGGUGUUUUCGACAUUUUUGGUUACGGACAUCAGGUUUGUUGGCGAUUUUAG